AUGGAGUUUUCUUCUCAAGAUUCUCAAGCACAAAUUUGUAGAAGGGCAUAUAUUCCUAACAACUCAAAAGAUGAAGUAAAAGAAUUAAUAGGCUAUACUAAAAUAGAGGAAUCAGAAGAUAAUAUUAAAAGGAACUUAGUUUUCAGGUCUGAUCUUUGUUCGGAAAAGAUUUAUAAUAUUUUACAGGCAAAUAACUGGAAAAAUAAUGAUAACAGUAAUAAAAAAUACUAUACUCAUGAAGAAACCCCCAAACUUGGGCAAGCUUCUCUUAAAAGGAGCUUAGUUUAUGAUUCUUCACUUGGCUGUUGUGUUCCUUUAUAUACUAGAAAGCCAGGUUGUAGUAGAAUGAAGUUAGACAUCAUUGGAUAUGGCGAAGCAGUGAACUAUGGUACACAAAUGGAAAAAGCAUCAGAUAACUUGGUUGGCCUUAGACUGAAUAGUUCAAAUAUUCACAGGAACUUUAAUCAACAUUUUUCAGGGUGUUCUACGAAUAUUAUUGGGGAAAUUAGAGAUGAUUUAGGGAGAUUGUCCAGAAAAGCAGAUUAUGAAAUGUCUAAAGUAAACAAAAGUUCAGUACACAUUGAAAAUAACUUCUAUAUGCCAGAAAAAGAUAGUUCAUAUGAAAAAAACACAAGAAUUCAUCACUCUGCAGAGCUUAAGUGUGUGGGAUGCCAUGAAAUAUCAUCAAUUUCCAAUUCAGUAUACUUAAGUAUUAAUGAAUCCUUAGAAAUUUGUUUUAAAAACUCAGAUAAUAAAUUAAUCUACCCGAUUGAAAGCUUAGGAGUUAUUUAUCAAGUUGCAAAAAAGAAAGAAAACUUUUCUAUUAAAAUUUUAAUAUAUCAUCCUAAUAGAAUGGCUGACCUUAGUAAAGUUUUCAGUGACUACGGGAAUUUUAAAGACUGUAUAUCAAAAUACUACAACAUUAAACUGGAUCAAUGCAUUAGCAACAAACCGGGAAUUAAUUAUUCUACAGAUUUUAAAUUUAGUAUAGAAUUACCUUCGAAAGAAGAAUUAGAGGAAAUCAAUAUAAAGAACAGAAGUGGGGAAAUAUUUGUGAUCAGGAAAAUAUUUAAAUUUAAGAUAACUAGCUCAACAGAAAAUUUUAGUGAAACUCAAGUUUUAGUAGCUAAGGAUAAUUCUACGAUAGAAAGUACGGUAACUUCUGCAACCACAACUAAUCCCACAACAACUUCAAAAGAAUUAAUAGCUGAAUCCAAUCAAAAUACCUCAAGUAAUAAAUUAGAUAAAGAAGUUAUGAACCUUAAUGAAAUUAUAUAUUCAAAUACAUUGUGUAAAGAAUUAUCUUCAGACGAAGUAAUAGAAGCCAUAAAAUUUCAAAAUACAUUUAUGCUACCAGAUAUAAUCUAUUUGGAAGUUGUGGUACUACUGAGAAGGGUGGCAAAAAGAAUUGAUUUCUUUAGAUCUGCUGAAGAAUCAUUAUCUAUUAUAAUGCCUGGAAUCGGUGGAUUGCUGGUUUCUGAUAUCCAUUGCGAAGAAUCACUUAGAGUUUCACUAGUAGCAGGGGAAUUAACUAUUCCCGGGGUCGGCCCCAAUGUAUUUCCAGCAAUAUGCCAGAAGUUACAACAAUGUUUAGGCGACCAGUCUUUUCAUAACUCAGUCCUAAUAAGCUUAUCUAAAUCAAAAAAAUAUGUGGACUUUGCAUUAAAAAGAAAUCGAAGUUUUAUGUGGGAAACUUUAAACAAAAUGGUGGGAGUACUGGGAAAUACCAGUGGCCUAAAAUCAUAUCAACUUUGGUUGGAAAUGGAAAUUUUGAUAAAAAACACAAUACCAGAUGAAGAUGUAUUACAUUCGGAUCUUCCAAAGGAAAUGAUAUUAAUCGUCGACCUAAUUAAAAAUUCAAAAUCCCAAACAGUAGAGUGUACAAUAUCUGUGAUGAAAAUUGGAGCAUCAUAUGAUAUUAGACUUUCACAAAUUUCCGAGGUUGCAAGAAUUUGCAGCCGAAUUUUCUCAGAUUCAUCAAGUUAUUUGUCAGUUGAUGAAAUGAGACUCAUUUCAGAUACAACAAUUCUUUCCAGAAUUGCUGAUUGGAUGAUCGGGACAUUUAUUCUAGAAAAACAUAUUCCUCCAGGUGUUACCAAGCCUGCCGCUUGCAUGUAUCUUUCAGCUAUUACCUCCCCAAUGGAUUAUUCAAGCAUAACAAACUUUCUUUGGCCUAGAGUGGUCUUCGCUAUCUCAUCAUCAUCCUCCUCAGCUUUAUCAUUUACAACCAGAUCAGUUGACCCAGAAAAUUGCAGAAAGUCAUUAAUUAAAAUCUUAAAAAAAAUUGGAGAUAAAAUACAAAUUAAUAUCGAUGAAACAUGCGGGAAAAUGGCAAAUUGCAUAUUAAAUGGACGAAUUGGAAGAAUAAGCGUAGAUGAUACUAUAAAUAACGCUUUAAGCCAGAGCCAACAAACAAUUAAAUACGACUUUGGCACUAACUCUGCAUCUUUGCGGUUAGCUAGAUUUAUUUUUGAAUCAAAAGCUCCUAAAAAAAGUAAAAGAAAUGGAUUCUCAAAGCUCUCCGCACCCUUAAGAGGAUCAGUUUUAUUUGGGCACUUACAAACAAUAAUGCCAGGUGGUUUCAGUAUUAAUGACGUUGUAAAAUUCGUACAUAGUUUUACCAAAGAAGCUCCCCCUAAUGGGCCAGCUAAAAAAUGUUUUAAAGUUCUCAUAAAAUAUAUUCCCAUAUUUAUUUCAAGUGAUAAUGAAUUAAAAACGAUUUGUAUAAAUGCAUUUGGGCCUUGGAUUAUGCCUGAUAUACUCGUUUCUGACGUAACAUUCUCACAAUCUACAAUAUCAAGUGAAAUUAUUGUGUGA